AUGGAAAAAAUAAUUGAAGAAAAGGCCUUGAUACUCUGGGAAAAAAUAUUACGGACUCCUGGGUAUCUUUCUCUUUGGAAUCCAGAGAGCCCCAGGCAGCGCCACUUAAAGACUCAAGCGGGUUUCCUACAGGGGGUGCUGAGCUUAAAAGACAAAUACAACCUUUUUAUUGAGCCUGAAGUUCUUCGCACUCCUUGUAGCCCACUGGACUACCAGACUUUCAAUGUGGUCACAGACCUUGCUCUCAGAGUCCUAAAAUCAGAUUUUGAAGGUGAUGUCCUUAAAGGUAUCUCUCACGCAACUAUGAAAGAGCUAUAUCCUGAACCUGAAUGGUUGAGAAUCUUUACAGAUGGCUCCCGAGUGGAUCAGCGGGUGAGUGCUGGAGCGGCAGUAUUUUGUCACCUGUUCUCUGUCUACGCUUCUGUUGGCUGCCAUGCAUCUGCCUACGACGGUGAAAUCGAGGCUAUUCUAAUUGCCCUAAAACAACUACAGUGUCGUACUGACCAAUUUUCCAGCGCCGUCAUCUUAUCUGACUUUAAAGCAGCACUUCUUGAUAUUGACUCUCCACUGAUUCCCCAAUCCAUCUCCAUUCAGAAAUGCAUUGAUUGUCUGAAAGACCUGACACUAAAAG